AUGGCGAGCGCUCCUGCCGCCCAGGUGCCCUCCUUGGGGCAGGUCGCCUACGGCGCUGCCGGCGACGGCAAGCUGACCUUCGAGGAGGCGGGCUUGAUGGUCAGCGGGGGCAAGGUGGACUGCCACCCUUCAAAAUGCGUCAAGAAGGACAGGUUGUCCGUCGGCGGGGACCUUUCUGUUUUUGAUCUCCCCUUGGUACCGAUCGCAAACUCGAGCACUACGAAGCUGGUCGCAUUCGCUGACGUCGUGUCCAACUACGCGGGCCCAAUCGACUUCGACAAGGUCCACGAGCUGUGCUGCAAUGGUAACUUCAAGGACUUGCAGGACCCAUUGUCGCUCAAGAAGGAGCCUGCCAUUCCGUGCACGCUGCAGCUGUUCAUCACGCGCGAGAACCCCGCGGACCCCGAGUGCUCGACCUACCGCAUCCUCAAGGUUGUCAGCUUCGAGAAGAACAGAGUCGAUGCUGCGACCAUCCUCAGCUGCGCCCGCGGGGAGGCCCACGAGAUCGACUACGGCGACAACUUCAGGUCGGGGUCGAUUGCGUUCCAGUUCAUGCUGGAGAAGCCCGAGGGCUAUCAGAUACGGGCAUCCUUAUCCAAGGCCUCCGCUGUAAGGUACUGCGCGAUCAAGCCGCAGCGCGAGCGGAAGCAGCCGCUAGAGGCGUAUGAGCUCUCGCAAGGGUGCGCGUUCAUCCGCGAGCAUGGCCCUCGCAGUAACAACAGGAACCAGUUCAUGGAGUGGGCCGACGUGGAGGUGAGUAGAGAGGGAUCGAAAAUCUUCGGUUGGCCAGCCGCCAAGGUGGAGACCGCUUUGCGCAACUACCAGAGAGGGAGGACAAACGCCGAGCCGAUCACGCGGUGGAGUUUGACGGUGAAGGACUUCGCUGGCUGGUUCCUCAACGGCGUCCUCAAGUUCAUGAUUGGCACCCUCCAUAUGCACGGGGUAUUGUGGACCGGGAAGACCAGGGUCGGCAAGAGCAACGGCUCUAAGACUUUGGCUUGGGUGCACUCAGCGUGCAGCAUCCAGAAGAAGGGGUCCGCCGACGAUGCCGCCUUCCUCACUGUCAAGCACAUGGAUUUCUUCAAGGGCGAGCCGACGACGGACGUCCUGCCCGAGACUUUCGACGACGGCCUCUUGCAGAAGGUAACGGCUGACGUUCUCAAGGCAAUCUUCAACCCCAAGGAGGGGGAUGCUCUGCUGUGGGCUCGGUGGGGCGGCUGCGAUUUCGAGCAAGGGUCGCGCAGGCAAGCCGUUGCUAACCCAUGCGACCGCGGCGCGGAGAGGGCGGCGUUGGCUGCCGCGACGCGCAACAAGUACGACUUGGACCACUUCAAGCGCAUCGUCGUCCCGUCGCUUGAGGAGGUGAAGACCGAGGAGGACUUCAAUGCCAUCCUCGCCAGGUCGCACUUCGCCGUGGUCACGGACCUCGGGGUGCACUGGCGCGAAGCGUCCGCAGAUCUGGGGAACGGCGCCGAGUUCAUGCCGCGGCCCAACCCCAGAGCCUCCGACCUCUUCUCCGGCGAGGUGCGGGACGCGUCGUCGCCCGCUGCCCGCCCGCUCCCUUCAAACUACGCCGAGAAGAUGGACUGGUCUAUCGGCAACAUGAAGAGUUUGGUGGAGGGCCGUGACGUGCCCACGGUUGCGACUGUCCACAUUGCCCCGAUGUUUGGUGAUGGCCCUGGACGCACGGUUUCCGUUGCCAGCGCCAUUUCGGGGUUCGCGCCAGGCGCGGCGGCGAGCGCUCCGUCCGCCCCCGCGGCCGCCUCGGCGUCUCGUUCCGAUGGAGCGGCAGACGCACCAUAUGACGAGGAGGACGCGUUCGGUUUCGGCGGCGGCAUGGAGGGGCCAGAGGAGAGCGCCCCCGCCGCAAGCGCCGCGCAGCCUGGCAUCGCGGGGCGUUGCGGGGAACUGACGAAGGAGGGCCAGGGCGAGCAGAUCGCCAUUUUCAAGGGCCUCGCCAGGGCGCGCCACGACGCCUUCGAGGACUUGUGCUCGCCUCCGCCUGUGAAGAGGGCGAAGAGGCUCAUGAUGGGAUGCGGAGGUUCGCUGUCGGAGGUGGGCGCCGCGGAGCAGGAGGCGAUCUUCGCCUCUAUCGCCGCCUCGGCCAGUGGGGCGUUCAUCGCCGCCGACGAUGGCGACGACAACGACGGCUCCCAUCGAAGCCGAGCGCGGGCGCCCGAUUGA